GUGUGCUCCGUUGGCAUCAAUCGAUAAUCUAAAUAUCUAAUAUCGUCAUACGCCGGUCUAAUCGAACGGUGUGAAGUGAAGCAUAAGGCUUGGAGUGAAAAAAUACUUGAAAUUUCAAACAUUUCCGUCGUCUUCAUCCCAGUUCCUCUACUCGUUUCGUUUCGCUCCUAAUAAAGAAAAGGAAAAAAUCCUCCACCUCCUCGGAUCAUCCUCCUCCCGCUUCAUGGCGAGUGUCACAGUCGAUUCCUCUACUAAACACCUGCAACUCGAAUCCAUCCCGCUUGUCGAUCUUCGCUUCUUAUCUCAGUCGGAUCUCAACUCGUUAUCUCUUUGUGCCGACGAUGCAUUCGACCUUCGCCGCUGCGACGACGUCGUAAUCCCUAAAAUCGACCGUUCUGUUUUCAAUGAGAGCGCCGGAAGUCGAAAGCAGACGUACUCUCGUCUCCGCCUUGCCCCUAGCAAAUCUGAAGACACAAGCAUUGGUCAUCGCAGGCGAUGUGCUGGCCUUCUUCCCGUUCCCAAGCCUCCGCAGAACCCCGUCGAUGACCCCGAACGGAAUGAGAACAAACGGAUUAUUUCUGUUCUGCGAGAGUUGUUCGCCAGGGACAACCCCAUAACUGACUUAAUCCCUCUUGUCGACGACGACGGAGAGCCGCUCCCCGAGCCCUUGAAGGUGGAAAAUGGAGUUCCUAUGCAACAAUUUCCUGUUUCUGUUUCCGAAGGCGAAAGGAAGAGGAAGAGGGGGAGGAAACCAAAGCACGAAUCCAAGUACAAGAUACCGGGAGAUGGCAAUGGUAUGACCAACACUAUUGUUGUUUACGAUAGUGGAUCCAAUGCAGAGAGCCGGUCUAUGGAGAUUGUGAAUCGAAAUGGUGUUGUAGUUGAUGCCGCUGCGUUGGCUAAAGUUGAUGAUCCAUUCGGUCCCGAGUUGAGGAGGAGAACUGCUGGUUUGCAGACGGAAGCGGAAUUGUUAGGGUUUUUGAGGGGGUUGAAUGGGCAGUGGGGUAGCAGGAGGAAGAAAAGGAAGAUCGUUGAUGCCAGUGAUUUUGGAGAUGAGUUGCCCAGAGGUUGGAAACUUCUACUCAGCCUGAAGAGGAAAGAAGGUCUCGUCUGGUUAAAUUGCAGGAGAUACAUAAGCCCUAAUGGCCAACAAUUUGUGUCCUGCAAAGAAGUCUCCUCGUAUCUACUCUCUAUUUUUGGACCUCAAAAUGCAAGCGAGCUCAACUGUGGCCACAGUCAUGAAAAUUCUCACAUGGCACACAAAUUAACUUCUGGAAGUAAUGCAGGUCUUACCCAUAAGGAUGGCAACACAAGGGAAAACAUCAUUUCCUAUUCAGCAUCAUCUGUUGCUGCUGAUGACCAUGACAAGCAAGUCACUUUAUUGAGGGCUGAGAAUCUUUCAGAGGUCCAAGUACGUGACCUUUUAGAAUGUCAAAAAUGCAGUAUGACUUUCAAUGAAAAGGAUACAUAUUUGCAGCACUUACUGUCAUUUCACCAGAGGGGUGCAAAGAGGUGCCGGCCGGGUUCAUCAAUUGCUGAUGGGGUGAUAAUUAAAGAUGGAAAGUAUGAAUGCCAAUUCUGCCAUAAAAUUUUCCAAGAAAGGCAUCGGUACAAUGGUCAUGUUGGUGUCCACAUGAGGAACUAUGUCAGGAGCCUUGAGGCAUCACCAGGUGAGAUAACUUUACAGAAGAGCGUUGAUUUUCCAUCCUUGGGAGCAAUUCCUUCAGCGGUCUCUAAGAUGGGUGCAUUGGUUGAAAUUGACAAGGUUUCUAUUCUGGAAACUCCAACUGCUAAGCCUAAUAAAGAACUGAAUGUUGGUUCUGUUCAUAGUAAACUGGGUGCCACUUCAAUUCUCGGAGCUCCUGCUGGAUCCAAACUUGAACUAGGUAUAAGUUCCUUGCAUGAUAAACAAGUUGUGAAUACUAACAGUAUUAAUAAGACUCUGGUCAGUGAAUCUUGCAAUAAGCUGGACGGUGAUCUGAGAAUGACUGGUUAUAAAUUAGGGAUGAUCAACAAUGCUGGCAACAUAUCUGUUGAACUUAAGUCUUGUUUGGAUUCUGGAACUGUGUUGCCAACUAAUGAGGAAAAUGAUACUGAAAUUUGUGGAAAAGAUGGGUUUGCAAGCACCAUUGUUGAAAUUAACAAGCCUGCCAUUGAGAAAGAAAUGGCUUCUGGAAGCUCUUCAUGUACUCUAUCUGCUAAUUGUCAAGCUCGCAGGAUUGAAAAUAAUUCUGGGACUCCAUUGUCUGGUAAUGGGGAAAAUGAUAGUCUUUUAACUUCUUGUGGAAAAGAUGGUUUUGCAGACACUGCUGUUGAAAUCAAAUCUUCCAUUGAGCAAGAGAAGUGUUCUGAAAGCUAUUUGCCUACUCCAUGUAUGAAAAAGCAACCUUGCAGCCCUAAAAGUAUUAUGAGUGAGGUUCUCAUAAGUGCUGCUGAGGAACCCAAACUUGACAAAAUGGAAAAAUUUGGAAGUAAUGAUAUGGCAGGUGGGCUUGAUGCUGGCCUGGCUGGAUCGGGUAAAGUUGUUGUAACAGUGGCUAGGAGGGGAACUGUUGAAGAAAAUGCUAUGCAGAGUGGGGUUAUAGAACAUUCACUGCAGUUAUAUGAUUGUUUUCCAACCAUUGCUGAGAUGGGAAACGAGCAUGCUGGCAGCCAGGCUGGACCAGGUAAAGAUGUUACAGAAGCUACUGGGGAUGCUCAUGAAGAAAAUGCAAUGCAGAAUGGGAUGUCAGAAUCUUCUCCAAUGUUAAAGCAGUUACCUAACUGCUUUCCCACCCUUGAUGGGAUGGAAAUUGAACAUGAUGAUGAUAAGACUGGACUAAGUAAAGAUGUAACAGAAGUAACUAGGAACAGUAAUGAAGACAAUGCUAUGCAGAGUGAGAUGAUAGAACAUUCACUGCAGUUGUCUGACUGUUUUCCAACCAUUGUUGAGAUGGGAAAUGGGCAUGCUGGCAGCCAGGCUGAACCAGGUAAGGAUGUUGCCAAAGAAGCUACUGGGGAUACUCGUGAAGAAAAUGCAAUGCAGAAUGGGAUGAUGGAACCUUCUCUGUCGUUAAAGCAGUUAUCUAAUUGCUUUCCCACCCUUGAUGGGAUGGAAAUUGAAAAUGAUGGCAAUAAGACUGUACUGGGUAAAGAUGUAACAGAAGCAACUGAGAAUACUGAUGAAGAAAAUACAAUGCAGAGCGGGGGGACAGAACCUUCACUGCUAUCAAUACGGUCAUCUGAUUGCUUCCCCGUCAUUCAUGAGAUAGGAAGUGAGCUUGGUGGCAGUCAGGAUGGAUCUAGUAAAUAUGUUGCAAAAGAGACUAUUGAUGGCAUUGAUGAAGAAAAUUCAAUGCAAAGCAGGAUGAUACAACUUUCGCUGCCAUUAAUGCAGUUAUCUGAUUGUUUUCCCACCCUUGAGGGGAUGGGAAGUGAGCUUUGUGGCACUCGGGCUGGACAAGAUAAAAAUGUUGUAAAAGAGGCUACUGUGGUCAAUGGCGAAGAGAAUACAAGUCAAAGUGGGGGGUUAGAACCUUUGCUGCCAUUAAUGCAAUCAUCUGAUAAUGCAAUACAGAGUGGUAUGAAGAAAUCUUCACUGCCAUUAAUGCAAUCAUCUGAUAAUGCAAUGCAGAGUGGGAUGAGGGAACCUUCACUGCCAUUAAUGCAAUCAUCUGAUUGCUUUUCCACCUCUGAUAUGAUCUCAGAUAAGGGAAGGGAUGGAUUCUGCAGUGUCAACCAGAAGCUUGACAAUGUCUCAGGUUUUGAGGAUCUGAGAUUUGAGGAAAUAGAGCCCCCAAAAUUCACUUAUAUUAAUGAGCAAGAAUCAAGUUCUCUGCCGGAAGAAUCAAUGAACCUGACAUAUGAUGCAGAGAUUGAUGUCCCCAUUCAAUUUGAGUGGGAAGCUGUCUUACCAAAUGUUGCUAGUAAUCAGCUUACAGCCUUGUGUGUAUGGUGCAGAUUAGAGUUCAACCAUGGGGCAGUCACCUCUGAAACACAAUCAGAUUCAGUUGGUUUUAUUUGUCCAACUUGCAAGGCCAAGAUUGCAGGCCAGAUCAAUGUGCUGGAUAAUGAGUCAUCUGUAAAUCCUGAUCGGCUAUGAAGAGGGUCAUUCUUUUAAUAUUUCUUUCAAUGUCUUCUCAGAUGUGAGGUAAUUUCUGUUCCUCCAUGGUAAUUUCUAUCAUUCAAUGAAAGUUCUGCAGAUUGAAUCUUGACAUCCA